AUGUGCAAUUACCCCCACUCCGUGAAUUUGUGCAAAAAUCCAAACGUUCAUGGUUGUUUUGGUAAUUUACUCCCUUUUCUCCAUAAUUUCGCUUCUCACCCUCGGUCAGCAGCCACCUCUCCCAGUGGCGAGCAGCAGAUCAAGCGGCCGCAGUCAGACAAUCAAUCCUCCUGCCACAUCCGAGUCCAAUUCCAAACCCUAAACCUGAAAAAUUCCCGCCAAAUCCCCUUGCUCCGGUCCUUCUCCUCCCACGACGACCACCUCACGAAGGACGAGGUCAUCGAUCGUGUCCUCGACGUCGUCAAGAGCUUCCCCAAGGUCGAUCCCUCAAAGGUGACGCCUGAGGUCCACUUUCAGAAGGAUCUGGGGCUGGACAGCUUGGACAAUGUGGAGAUUGUGAUGGCUUUGGAGGAGGAGUUCAAGCUCGAGAUCCCGGAUAAAGAGGCGGAUAAGAUUGAUUCGACUGCGCUUGCGAUCGAGUACAUUGCGAACCACCCGAUGGCAGGUUAAUUCUUGGGGGGUAAAAAGGUCGUUUUUUGUUGUAAUUUUAGUGGUUUUUUUUUUUUUUUUUUUUCGAAGGGUUAAACUAUUGAAUCGAUGGAAAAUAAUGUUGCUUCUGACUUUGCGUGCAGCUUGAAUAUGAAUAUUGCGCCUUGGCUGCAUUACUUUUACAUGUAUUCUGAUCGAUAAGUGUUUUGUUUAUGCUGCAGCUUUUUCAA